AUGAAAUACACUUACAUCAUACUAAAUUUAUUACCAUUUUUAUUAAUAUUACAAACUCAUUUGAUCGUCUAUGCUCUUAACUCAUCUCAUUUCUCAUUAUUAGCAAAACGUUUGAAUGUAUCAGCGAGUAAAGUACCUGAUUUAUUGGCCAAAGGAGAAACUUUAAUCAAGGGAAACCGUUUAUUAAUUCCAUUACUUAAUGAGUCAAUCUAUGGUGGAUCUUAUAUAGAUUUGAAGGCAACUAAAAUAAUUAUCAAUACAGUAGAUGAUUCUAAGAAAAAAAUCAUAACAAAUAAUGCUACGAUAAAACCAUACCUAAAUUUUUUGUCAUUUGUAAAAGUUAGUAAUUCUUUAGCUAAAUUAAAUUCCAAUUUUAAAGAAUUAACUAGAUUAGCAAAACAUUAUAAUGUGAAAAACUUCGUAAUAAGCAAUGAAUACAAAAAAAAUAAUAUAGUUAUAUAUUUAAAUAAUUCUGAUAAAUUAAACCAGGAAUUUAUUAAAAAUGGCAAAAAACUUAACCCUAUUAUAGUCGAUGUUAGUAAAACUACAAAAAAAGUGGCCUUUGGUUCGCAUAAUUCAUCGGCUCUAGAAUCUCGUGCAAUAGGCAUUGAACUCUUAGGUGGAAGCGGCUUAACUCAACGUGGUGGUUACAAGCAUGGGUUUAUUGACUUUUAUUAUGCACCAUGGUGGGCUCCCGACACUAUCUUGCCUGAAAAUCUUAUUGGAUCAAUGACUAUGCGAGAUAUCAAUGAAACUGAUAGGGGAUUCAUCUUGAAGGAAACUAACAAUUUCGACGUCAAACCAUUUAUAUUAAAUACAGUUUCUCCAGAGUUUCCAGAACUAGGAAUUGCCGGUACUAUGUUUGCAGAUGAUUCUAUUGUUGGAUUGGAAGGUUUUAUAUAUGAGAAUGUUAUAAUAACUGACCAGUUAGGGUUGGAGGGAGAUAGUGGUGCACCUGUGUACGUGUAUACUGAUGUGCUUUCUUUAGGCAUACUUAAGGUUAAUCUUAUCGGUAUGUAUUCUGGUAGUACGCAUUUGAAUAAUUGGCCAUUUGGUUUAGUUACACCAGUAUAUAAGAUUUUAAAAGAAA